GCAAAACGGAAACCGGCAGCAGCCCCGCCUGCACCAGAACCGACGACGGGGGUUUGGUUUCGAAAUUGGAUUGGAAGGGUUUGUUUUGAACCUUGCAAGUUGCUAAAAAAUGGGGAUGUCUGGGACCUCGAGGGAAGGCUGGGAAGUGUUGUUUUCAAGCUCGAUAAAACCCCAUGGCAACACAGGCAAACUGCCAUGAAUUGCCUAAGGCAUGAAGCAGUUGCAGGCAGGUCACUUUGGAGUCCGAUUCACAACAACUUGCUGGGAAUCGCGUUUCAAGGCUCAUACCACAUGAAAGCUUGUACUUUCUAGUACAGAAGCAAGGGGUUGGGUGAUCAUUCAACAACUGGAAGGCUGCCAACAAGUGCUUUCAAGAUGGCAUCAAAAUUUAUGUUUUUUACUUUCGUUUUAAGUUUCCGUAUUGCUUUAGAAUUUGG